AUGGAGAGGCCCCUCACAGUCCUUCGGGUGAGCCUGCACCACCCCACGCCAGGCUCUGCCACCUUUGCUUCUGUCCCUCCUCAGGUGGAGCACGACGCCAGCCCACUGCUGGUGGGCAGGGGACCGGAUGCCCACCUCCGGCUGCAGCUCCCUCGCCUCUCCCGCCAGCACCUGUCACUGGAGCCCUACCUGGAGAAGGGCAGCGCCUGGCUGGCCUUCAGCUUGAAGGUCCUGAGCCGCAAGGGCAGCGUGUGGGUCAACGGGAUGACGCUGAGGUUCCUGGAGCAGGUGCCCCUGGGUGCCGUCAACAGAGUGGCCUUCUCUGGCGUCCAGAUGGUGGUCCGCAUUGAGGGAGGCACCUCCCUGGAGGCCUUUGUCUGCUGCUUCCAUCUCAGUCCCUCGCCUCUGAUUUAUAGGCUCCGUGCUGAGGAGACGGACGAACGGGAAAGCGUGCCCCAGGAGCAGUCUCCUCCAGGUUCCGGGCAGGGGGCUCCAGAUCACCUGGGGUUUCUCCACAGCCCUCUCCAGCCCAGCCCUGGAGGAGCACCAGAAAUACCUCUCCAGAGGGAGCCCCUAGAUGGUGCGCUCACCUAG